UCUGGUUUUUCUCUCCUGGGAGUCGAUAAAUUAGUUUGUUAUUGGUUGAUGUUAGUUAUUUCACAACGCGGAUAAGACCCUUUCAAUUCAUAAUUCCAAAAAUCCAGGAGCAGGAAUUCGCAGAAUAUUUUCUCUCUCCAAUAUAUCUCGUUGUAGAUAAGAUAAAACCAUGUCACCUUUUCCCUCAUCAACCUAAUCCUAGUUCUAGAUUCAAUCGUGGGAAGGGGAGAAAAAGGGGACGUUGAACUGUGUGAUGUGAAGUACUAUGAGUUUUAGUUUGUGCCAAAAACCGCUAAUUACUCAUCUCUUAUCCUUAGUUUUUCUUCAUUUUUAAAUUAGAGCAAUCGAAUCGCAAGCUUUGAAACAAAAGAUCAAGCUUGCUUCUUUCAAACUGUAGCUUGCAUUUUGGUUCUUUUUCUGUUUAUGGACUACUCCAAGGAAGUUGAAGGAAAAAGAGUGCAUGACCAUUUUAACAAGAAUAUGACCACGUUAGCAAGGUGUAUAUGGGUGCCAUGUCCUGUUAUAAUUGGUGCUGGCCCUUCAGGUCUAGCCACAGCUGCUUGUCUCAAAGAAAGAGGUAUCCCUAGCUUAAUCCUUGAAAGGGCUGAUUGCAUAGCUUCCUUGUGGAAGCUAAAAACCUAUGACCGUCUUCGCCUUCAUCUUCCAAAGCAAUUCUGUGAACUACCCCUCAUGCCAUUCCCAGCAAAUUUCCCAACUUAUCCAACCAAAAAGCAGUUUGUGGCUUACUUAGAGUCCUACAAAAACCACUUUGGUUUAGACCCAGUUUUCAACAAAACUGUAGUGAGUGCAGAAUUUGAUCAUCGAUGUGGAUUUUGGCGGAUUAACACAUUGGGGCUGAAACAAGAAGAAACCGAGUAUGUGUGUCAGUGGCUAAUUGUAGCUACUGGGGAGAAUGCUGACGAAGUGGUGCCUCAAAUUGAAGGAAUGGAUGAUUUUGGUGGGCCUAUAAUUCACACAAGCUCAUACAAAAGCGGCCGAUUGUUUCGAGGAAAGGCUGUUUUGGUGAUUGGUUGUGGGAAUUCUGGCAUGGAGGUCUCUUUGGAUCUCUGCAAUUGUAAUGCUCGCCCAUCCCUCGUCGUUAGAGACUCGGUGCACGUCUUGCCUCAAGAGAUGCUAGGCAGAUCAACUUUUGGACUGUCCAUGUGGUUGCUCAAGUGGUUCCCCAUGCGCCUCGUGGAUCGGUUUUUACUUCUGGUGUCGCGUUUCAUGCUCGGAGACACUGAAAAAUUCGGCAUCCAUCGUCCCCAACUCGGUCCUCUUGAGCUCAAGAGCAGAUCCGGCAAGACACCUGUUUUGGAUGUUGGGACACUAGCAAAGAUCAAGAGUGGCAACAUUAAGGUUGAAAGCAAAAAUUUUCUCUGUGCUAAUUAAUUCAACCCUACUGCCCAAAUACAA